AUGACCAAGUUUGGUAUCCAAGUUAGUAUGAGCCAAUGUAGGAGAGCAAAGAAGUAUGCACUGAAUCUUGUUGAAGGUAGCCUUGUUGAACAUUAUGGAGUUAAACAAGGUUGGACUGAAUGCUGUAGAAGGAUAAUAGAACUAGAUGGAUGUUUUCUUAAAGGUGUUUGUGAGGGGGAAUUGUUUUGUGUUAUUGGGAGGGAUGUAAAUGGCAAGAUAUAUCAUAUUGCUUGGGCAGUGGUUAGUGUGGAGAUCAAGCAAAAUUGGAAGUGGUUUUUAGAGCUUCUCAUUGAUGAUCUAAACUUAAAUUUAGGCAAUGGCUUCAGUUUAAUGUCAGACCAACAUAAGGGUUUGAUAGAGGCUGUUAAAGAGUUGUUUCCAUAUGUAGAUCACAGGCAAUGUGCGAGACAUAUUUGCCAGAAUUUGCAGAAGAGAUCCACUGGUGCCAUAUAUCAUACCUUGUUUAGGAGAGCAUCUAAAGCCACAACUGAGCAUGCUCUUAAAGUUGUGAUGAAGGAAAUUAAGACAUUGAACCCAUAUGCCCAUCAAUAUCUCAUAGAAAAAGAUCCUAAAACAUGGCCAAGAGCUUUCUUUCAAGCUGGAAGGUGUUGUGAUGCAGUUGAAAAUGGCUUCUCUGAAAGUUUUUAUGAUGUAAUAGUUGAUGCCAGGAAGAAGCCCAUAAUAACCAUGUUAGAGGAGUUAAGAUUAUACAUGAUGGACAAAAUGCAUUACCAGGUACUACCUAGUGGAUUAAACCAAUUUGAGUUAAGGGGAGCAACAGAUGCAUAUGAAGUGGACUUAGAAAGGAAAACAUGUUCAUGUAGGUUGUGGCAAUUAAAUGGAUAUGGAUGUGCUCAUUAUGUAGCUAUCAUAUCCUAUCUUAAUAGGGAUGUAGAAGCCUAUGUAGACAACAUGUUUAGCACCACCACAUUUAAGAAGGCAUACAAUUACAAAAUUUCCCUCAUGAAUGGCAGUGACAUGUGGCUAGAGACAAAUUAUACUCCACCAUUGCCUCCUAUUAGUAGAAGGACGCUUGGUAUGCCAACUACUAAUAGGAAGAAAGCCACUACAGAAAAUACAGGAACACACAUGGUUUCUAAGGCUGGAAAGAAAAUUAGAUGUAGUAUAUGCAAGGAGAUAGGUCACAACAAGACCACUUGUCCACAAAGAAGGCCCCAAAAGUUAAAUGUGAAGAAACAGAAGAAACAAAAAGUUUGUGUGAAGCAAAAUACAGGACAAGGUAGUACAAGUGAACCACAACAACAUUAA